CUGUGUUUCUGACUGAAAAUCGUAAUUUGUUAUUUAUAUGUUUUUACUUCAUAACAUGACGCAUCACAUCAGACUGUUCGCUCUUGUAGUGCGAAAAUUUGGUUUGAAAUUUGGAUUUCUACAUGGAAUUAAAUAGUGUGAUUUUUAAAAACCCUUGGUUGAAUUUUCUAACACCUGCUAUUUCGACGGGAUUUCACCAACCGAAAACGACUCUGCCAUACGCAUCAGAAUGGGCGGAGCCUUGACUACGGAUGAUCCAGGAAAACUUGAUUACAGGAAACGCAGCAUCUACCUUAGCAACGUCGAGACUUACGGAUGGAUUUCCCCCGUUCGCCCAAUCACCAUCCACCAAAAGGCUCUAUUCUGUCUCUGGAUCACUAUGGCAACCGGUUGGCUUAUACUGCGCAUGCUCGCAUUGCGAGAAAAGUGGAAGAGCAAAGAGCCUAAAGACGCAGAGUCGGACCCAGUCCCUGACAGUCCACACGAAGACAAAGAAGAGGGAUUGGUUUCCCUCAACCCCGUGACGCCGACAAAAGCUCCGUGUGUCUCACGGUUCGGUCGCGGCGAUGCCACUGAAGUCAGCGAGACCAUCCAGCAUAUUGCGUCAUCCGAAGACGCCAAGCCUUGGCUGAAGAAAGGGGAGACGCUCAUCGAGUGGCUGAAGGAGACUGGGCCCGACCAACCUCGACUCGAGGAAUUCCUCGCUAAGGCUACAGUCUUUGGGUUUAUCAUGCUGUACUUUUGGCUUUGCGACUUUCAGCACAUUUGGCCCAAGACGGACAAGCAGUACUCACGUGACAUGUUUGUGUUUCUAUUCUCCGUGCUCGUGCUGGUCGCGUUCGUGUUCACGGUCAGGAAAACGCCCGAGAAGCUGCUCAACCGCGACCAGACGGAGGAGUGGAAGGGAUGGAUGCAGGUUCAGUUCGUGUGGUAUCACUACUUUGAUGCACAGGAAGUGUUCAACUCCAUCAGGUGCUACAUAGGGGCCUACGUCUGGAUGACAGGGUUCGGUAACUUCUCGUACUUCUGGAUAAAGAAAGACUAUUCCAUUUUCCGUCUUCUAAAAAUGAUGUUCCGGCUUAACUUUCUGGUUGUCAUGGUGAUGGCAGUGACCAAUCACGAGUUUGUGCGUUACUACAUCUGCGCCAUGCACACCUAUUGGUUCCUGUCUGUCUACGUCAUGAUGGCGGUAGGCAAGCAGCACAACGCGAACCGUAAAGUAAUGGCUGCAAAGUUCAUCAUCUACUUAGUAUUUAAUCUUCUUAUAUUUGACGUCCCCGGGGCGUCCUGGAAGAUAUUCUGGCCAUUCCAGUUCAUCCUUAACGUCAAGGGGAACUUGAGAUACUGGAUUUUUCGAUCAACACUGGACCACCUCGCUACCUGGGUGGGGAUGCUCUGCGCGUACAACUACCCCUACUUAGAGCGCCUCCUAUCCUGGUUAGACCGAUCACAUGAGAGCGACCGCGAGAAGCACCGAGCCUGGCUCCUCAAGGGCGCUAUUACACUCAUCGUAUUAGGCGCGGUCACCCUGUGGUCCCACUACAUUCUGAUGCUAGAUCGCAAGACUUAUAUGGUCAUACACCCGUUUACUUCUUGGAUUCCUAUCCUGGGAUAUAUUUGGUUGAGAAACUGCUUUCCGUACUUGCGCAAAACGUACUUGAAUCUCUUCGCUUGGCUUGGGAAGAUAACCUUAGAAACUUACCUAUCGCAGAUUCACAUUUAUAUGAUCGCGGACGCACAGAAGCAGGUUGUCUACAUACCGAGAUACCCUAUGUUGAACUUUCUCCUCUCCACAGUCAUCUACGUAGCGUUGUCCUAUGUUCUUUUUCACAAGACUCUGUUUUUCAACUCUUAUAUUUUCCCCAAGAACAUGCGGGUUGUUUGUAAGAACUUAAUCUUGGGCUCGCUGUGGUUAGGUGCGUGUUAUCUUUUUGCAUUCGUGCUGACGUCCGCGCAUGUUUGGUAAAGAUUUACAACACUACUUUACAGACAAUUGAUGUUUAGGAAACCUCUCGUUUGCGGACGCUGAUGCUUAGGGAACCUCUCGUUUGCGGACAGUUUAAUUACUCUAUUUUACGGAUAUUCUUAUACACGGGGAACCUCUAUUUCAUGGACAUAAUAAAAUCGAUGGAUACAUGUUUUUCUAAGUCUGUCUCAACUGCGGUGAGUGUCUCUAAAGAAGCCCUUUUCACAAGAAGUUUAGGCUUUGCUACAAGUCUGGAGUAAUAUGAGAAUAAAGAUGGCCAGCUUCUA